AUGGUUCCUGCAGCAAGGAGAUGGGAAGCAGUAACCUCAGGGCGCCUCCAUACAGCCAACCAGAAGGAGAACCGAACUCGCCAGAUCAGCACCGCUCCCUGUGUUCCUACUUUCAUUGUGGCCACCACAGACUGUGACACUUCCAUCACCACAGUGAGCUGGGAUUCGGCUCGUGGUGCGAGCAGGUACACCGUUCAUGCGGUGAGCACAUCAGGGCACAGCACCAUCUGCCCCAACACAGACACCACCUGUGCUUUCUCCGACCUGCAAUGUGGACAGACCUACACUAUCACAGUCACAGCUGAGGACGACAACUGUGUGAGCCUGACCAGUGUGCCCAUCACUGUCAUCACAGGUCCGUGUCCACACCGUGAUCUGAGAGCGACUCCGAACUGUGGCUCUAACUCUGCCCAAAUCUCAUGGUUGCCCGGUAACGGCACUCUAAACUAUAAUGCUUCAGCUGAGAUCGGCUCUGAUGAAGAGCACUCGGUCAGCUGUAGCACAUCUGGCUCCUCCUGCAGCAUCACUAACCUUCAAUGUGGCAGCAGUUAUCAGAUCAGCGUGACUGGACAGGGACUCAGCUGUCCCAGCCGAACAAAUGAGUGGAUUACUCUCCAGACAGAGCCAUGCCCACCCACCAACGUGUCCCUCAAGUCAUCUUGCGAUUCGGACACUGUGUCUGUUUCCUGGGCGGCUUCUCAGGGAUCUCUCGCCUACAUGGCUGUUGCAGAGAGUAGGGAAGGCCACAGGGUGACAUGCAACACCACCCAGAUGACCUGUGACGUUAGCGGUCUGCAGUGCGGACAGACUUAUGAACUUUAUGUUUUUGGUGUGGAUGGUGACUGUAUUGGAACAAGGAGUGAAGUUCGCGUUCUUGAAACAGCUCCUUGUGUUCCUCACGACGUUCAGGGUAUCCUGGAGUGCCAGUCAACUGUUCUCAAUGUCACCUGGCAACAGAGAGGUCACGCACAUCACUACCACGCCACAGUAAAAAGCAACAAUGGUGAUUUGAUGGGAUGUGAUUCAGAUCAGACCUUCUGCCAAGUACCCAACAUCCUCUGCGGCCUGACGUACAGCGUGGAGGUGGUUGCCUAUAGUGAAACCUGCAAUAGUUCCCACAGCUCUGUGCAAUAUGUCAUGUCAGCCCCCUGUGCGCCAGAGGAGAUCACAGCCGUUGUGGACUGUGAAUUAAACACUGUGUCGGUAUCAUGGGACUCUAGUGUGGAUGGUGUUCUCUACAUUGCAAAAGCAUUCUACAACGACCAAGAUUAUUUCACUUGCAACACAACAGAGACCAGCUGUGACAUCACUGUGACCUGUGGCAUGACAUAUAACGUUACUGUAGAACCAUUACAGAAUGGUUGCAUUGGGGCGAAAGCGCCAAUUCAGUACGUCAUGGCAGCUCCUUGCGUGCCCAUUAUGCUGGAUGUUGAGAUGGACUGUCUGUCUGACUCGGCUUGGCUGACAUGGGAGGAGUCAGCAGGGACAUCGCUCUACAUCGCCAUGGCAAUAGACAAUGAUGGACAGUUGCUUCAGUGUAACUCAACUGAGGGCCAGUGUACAGUUGAGCAGCUGCAAUGCAGUAAAUUCUACAACUUCAGCGUGAUGGCGUCUAACAUGCAGUGCGACAGCCCCAACAGCAACACUUUGAGAUCCGAGACUGCCCCUUGUCCUCCCCAGAAUGUGCUCACAUCAGUGGGCUGUGACACUGGUAAAGUCAGUGUGAUGUGGGAUGAGAGCGUUGGAGCUUUGAGCUACACAGCCACGUUAGAACUUGCUGAUGGCGAGACCACCUGCUGCACGGCAGACUCUACUUUCUGUGAGGUCACUUCCCUUCCCUGUGGCCAGAUGUAUGUGCUGACGGUCACUGCCGAGGGACGGACGUGCAACAGCUCCCAGAGCACUGAGGUCAUCGUACGAUCGGUCCCCUGUGUUCCGGAGGCUCUGGUGUCUAAAACGAGCUGCACUGAUAACGUAGCUACCAUGACAUGGGCGAGCAAUGAGGCCGGUGAGCUCUACACUGUAACGGCCUUCAGCGUUGAUAGGGAGUUCUUCGAUAGCUGUUCAGGGUUCAGCCAGUCAUGUGAUCUCAUGAUGCUGAAAUGUGGUGUGCCAUACAUCGCUACGGUGACAGCACAGGACAGCAUCUGCACCAGCCCACCCAGUGCAGCAGCUGUAAUUCGGACAGUGCCCUGCGUUCCUGAGUAUGUGACUGCCAGCGUGAGCUGCCAGGAGAACGCCCUGUCCAUGUUCUGGCAGGAGAGCGCGGGAGCAGACUUGUAUACGGCUACCCUCAUGGACACUAACGGACGUUCCACCACAUGUCAGAGUAUGAAUGACACCACCUGCAUGGUCAGUGGACUUGCCUGUGGAGAGAUCUACUAUGUGAGCGUGGUGGCAUCGGACGGGUACUGUGACAGCCUGCCCAGUGCUGUCAUUGACACACACUCAGUUCCCUGUAUGCCUCGUAACACCCGGGCGCUGGUCGACUGUCAGUCUAGUACAGCUGUGUUGUCAUGGCAGACGGGUGGCGGGGCGAUGCAGUACACGGCCACAGCGCUCAGCCAGUCUGGUCAUAUUCUCAGCUGUGAAAGUAAUGAAACCAAUUGUGAACUGGCAGACCUGGCCUGUGGAGAGAGCUACAACAUCACGGUGUUGGCACAGGGACAGACCUGCAGCAGUUCUGCUGUCAUGAGUGGACACCUGAUGGCAGGUCCCUGUGUACCCCAGCAUGUGGAAGUAGAGUACAGCUUGUCUAUUGGGCAGUUGUCUUGGGAUAGGACCAAAGGUGCUUCAACGUACACUGUGCAGGCUUCUACUGAACUGGGAUCAGUGCUUUCCUGUUCCACCAGUGACACCUCCUGCGCCAUCUACGACAUGUCCUGCAGUCAGACAUAUGACAUCACUGUUACAGCACAGAAUAAUGUUUGCCAGGAUGUUGCUGUGUCUGUAGCAGCUACACUAGAAACAGAUCCCUGCCCACCACAGAACGUGCACAUCCAUCUGAAUUGUUUAAGUGAUGAAGGAGACGUGUCGUGGGAGGAAAGCAUAGGGGCAGUGGCAUAUGUGGCAUACCUGGAGGGUCGUAAUGGUCACAGCGUGUCCUGCUACACAACGGGAUCCAGUUGCAGUGUGACAGGGUUGAUGUGUGAUACUAUUUACCAAACUCAAGUGCAUGCCAUCGGAAGAACUUACAACAGCACAGACAGCGAAACAGUUCUCAUUACAUCAGCCCCCUGUCCGCCAGACUCCAGUUCGGUUGCUGUUGAUCUGAAUUGUGAGAAUGCCACGGCAUUGAUCACCUGGGACUGGAGUGAUGGAGCUACUUCCCAUGAGCUCACUGCUACCAGUAGCGAUGGCCACUUUGCAUCCUGCGUUUCAGAAGAAAAUUACUGCAAUAUCAGCGAGCUAGCAUGUGGGCAGACUUACAUGGUCAGCCUCACUGCAAUCAAUGACCAAUGUCAGGUUACCCAUGACGCAUAUGUCACUUUCCAAACAAGUCCUUGUGCUCCACUGCGUGUGGACGUGGACUUUCAAUGCCAGUCUAGAACAGCCAUAAUUACCUGGGAACAAAGUGACAAUGUGCUUUACUACCUUGUAAGUGCCACCCUGAGCCCAGGAGAAGCAACUACAGUUUGUAACUCUACAAGUGACAGGUGUGAGCUGACCGGGUUGCAGUGUGGAGAGGAGUAUGCCUUCACUGUAACGGCCUACAACGAAGUUUGCCACAGUGACGUCAGCAGUACUGCAUACAUUCACACAGAGCCUUGUCAGCCAACCAAACUGAACAUUAUAGGAUCAUGUGAUAACAACACAGUUCUCUUGAACUGGGAUGACAGCAGAGGUGCAUCAAAUUACAUGGUGCAUAUAUUAGGCAACCUGGGAUAUGGCGACUCCUUCCAGACAUCUGAAUCUAUCCUAGAGCUGGAGCUUCUCUGUGGACAGACCUACACCUUUACCACAGUGGGGCAAAAUGAUCUCUGUGAGAGUAUAGAGAGUGCCCCAGUCCAGUUUACGUCAGUCCCAUGUGCACCGUACAAUGUUGAGACCUUUGCACAAUGUGAGGAUAACCUUGCUGCUGCCAGCUGGGCUGCCAGCGAUGGAGCAGAUAUUUACACCGCCAUUGCCGUAGGAGAGGAUGGCCACACCCAUGUGUGCGUGACAAACACUACCAACUGUAUUUGGGAUGACUUACAUUGCAGUGAGAUCUACACCGUCCAUGUAAUUGCCAACUCGCAAGCCUGCAGCAGUGCACCCAGUAACAGCACAACCAUCCACAUGGCUCCAUGCAUCCCUCAUAACCUAAAGUCUGCUUUUGACUGUCAACUGAAAGUGACUUCCCUCACCUGGGAAGCAAAUGAAACUGCCGAGCUGUACGUGGUGUCUGCCGAGUCCACCACCGGCCACCAGGUGGAGCUCUCCACUGGUAACACAAGUGCCCAGAUCUCUGAGUUCAGCUGUGGUCAGCAGUACUAUGUUACUGUGAUUGCUGUUGAACAGAUAUGUAGGAGCCGUGCCAGCAAUGUUUUAGUUCUUCAAACAGAGCCUUGCAUUCCAGUGUCUGUCUUUGGCUUUAUGGAUUGCAUCUCCAACAUUGCCACAGUGUCUUGGGAACCAGCUGAUGGUGCAGAAUACUAUACAGCAACUGUGCAAGGUCCAGAUGGGCCAUUGGGAACAUGCAUGUCUUGGUCAGUGAGCUGUGGCAUGCCCAAACUGUCCUGUGGUGAAUCAUACAAUGUUUCAGUGAUUGCCUCCAGUCGCCAGUGUAACUCAACUCCCAGUGCACUUAGUACUUUUAACACAGUGCCCUGUGUUCCUACGGAUGUGUCUGUGGUGAUGAACUGUGACACUGCUGAAGCACAUGUGUCAUGGAACGCAAGCAAUGGGGCAAUGUACUACACCGCUUAUGCCUGGAGCCAAACAUUUGAUUUCUUGUCCUGCACCAGCAGUGGUCCAGAUACCUAUUGCAUUAUGAGUAAUCUCACCUGUGGAGGCGAUUACACUGUCCAGGUGGUUGCUGAAGGUCACGAAUGCUCCAGUCUGCCCAGUGAGGCGGCACACUUCCGCACAGUUCCCUGUGCACCAGUAAUUACUGUGACACACUUGGAUUGCAACACUGACUCUGUACAGCUGCAGUGGACUCACAUUGAGGGCAAAAUCUCAUACACUGCUGAAGCCAGCACGCCUGGAGGUCUGAUCUCUACCUGCUCCAGCAACAACACUCACUGUGAACUGAGAGGACUGACUUGUGGACAGACAUACAGUGUUAGAAUGAUGUCAUAUGAUGGAGUGUGUCACAGCACAGAAGGAACCGCCCUGGAUGUGGCAUCUGUACCCUGUCCACCUCAGGACGUGGAGUCAACUUUACUCUGUUCUUCAAACUCUGCACACGUGGAGUGGCACACCAGCGGAGGGGCGGAGUCAUAUGAGGUGCAAGCCAUUAGCACAGACGGCCAUUUGACAGGAUGUGACAGCACAAAUACUUCCUGUGUUGUCUCUAACCUCAUCUGUGGCUCCAUAUAUGACAUCAGUGUGGUUGCCAUUGACCAUAAUUGCAAUGUUUCAAGGAGUACAAUCACAACACUGCAUUCAGCCCCAUGUGUUCCUGACCAGCCUGAGGCCAAUCUAAACUGCGGAUCAGGUGUGGUUGAUGUGUCCUGGCAGCCUAGCGGAGGAGCUGUGCUUUACACUGCUGUUGCCCAGGGCAACGGGGGCUUUGCAUCAGCAUGCAGCAGCAACAGCACUGCAUGUGAGUUCCCUGACCUACUGUGUGGACUCACCUACAGCAUCAGUGUGACAGCAUCAAACCAUGUGUGUACCAGCGCACAGAGUCAUAGCGUACUGCUGGACACAGUUCCCUGUGAGCCACAAGGAAUAGUUGGUGAAAUGGAAUGUGGAAGUCACAUGGGGGUAGUGUCCUGGGAACACGAAAAUGCAAUUGUUUCCUACCUCGUCCAUGCAUCCAGUCCAUAUGGGGAUGAAAUAAGCUGGGGCGGUUCCACCAACAGCUGCAGAUUACCCAGCAUGCACUGCGGUCAAGCCUACAAUGUCACAAUCACUGCCCAGGACAGCCAAUGUGACAGCCAAAGUGCCUUUUUAGAACUGCAUUCAGUUCCAUGCCCACCCACCAAUGUACAGGCCUCUCUCAUUUGCCCAUCUAACUCUGCCGCUGUGACAUGGCAAAGUGCCAGCGGAGCUCUGUUGUACCAGGCUGAGGGCAUCACUGUGGAUGGGACCCACACGGUGUACUGCAAUGUCAGCUCACAGACCCACUGUGAGCUGAAGCAUUUGCUCUGUGGAAGGACGUAUAACGUGUCCUCACUGUCCAUGGACCACAUGUGCAGCAGUGAAGAGAGCACAUUCACACAAGUCCAUACUGCGCCCUGUCCUCCUGAGGCUGUAGAUGUACAGAUGGACUGCUCCUCCGGUUUCAUGACUGUCACUUGGGCAGCCAAUCCAGAUGCAGAAUCGUUCCAUGUGAGGGCGACCAGUGGUGGAGAUUCCCUAUCAUGUGACUCUACUGCCACCAGCUGUUCCAUCAGUGGUUUGCCAUGUGGACGCUCAUAUUCUGUCACUGUAACAGCUGGUAGGGAUGGCUGUGAGAGCCAGCCUAGCACAGCUGUCAGUGUGUCCUCAGCUCCUUGUGUUCCCAAGGGAGAGAUAGGAAACCUGGACUGUGUUACAAACUCGGCCUGGGUGUCGUGGUUACAAGCAGAAGGGGCCGAGUCUUACUUCGUGCUGGCAGUGGAAAGGGAUGGAGCCAAUUCUAGCUGCUCGACUACAGCCCAGCACUGCAACAUUCCUGACUUGCUGUGUGGAGCCACAUACACCUUCCAUGUGACUGCUGUGAAUUCAUUAUGCCACAGCGGGCCCAGUAACACCUUCCAGAUUCAGACAGCUCCAUGUGCUCUCACCUCCAUCACUGCACACACAGACUGUUACAGCAGCCAAAUAACAGUCAACUGGCAGCUGAACGAAGGCUCUUCCUUGUAUGUGGCCACAGCAGAAGGUCAUGACCAAAGCAUCCUGGUGUGCAACAGCACAGGCACUUCCUGUGACCUCACGGGAGUGAAGUGUGGAAUGCAGUAUACCAUUUUAGUCUCCGCCUCCUCCGACAAAUGCAGCAGUAUGCGGAGCCCUCCUCACAAGAUUAAAACAGCCCCCUGUGUUCCUCAAAAUGUGUCACUGGAGCCAUUGUGUGAUUUGAGUGGGCUGAAGAUAUCAUGGUCCCACUCUGUGGUGGCCGAGUCAUACUCUCUCGUGGCCGUGGGCGGAGACGGGGAUGUCCGCACGUGCACGAGCACCACCAACAACUGCACCUUGUCCCACCUGCACUGUGGGCAGCUUUACAACAUUGGCAUAACUGCUUCGGCCGGAAACUGCAUCAGCCUGGCCAGCCAGCAGGUCACCUUCCACACGGUGCCCUGUGAACCUCAGGACUUUAGUGUGGCCAUGCAGUGUGAUACCAGGACAGCCACACUCUCAUGGGCCGAGAACCAUGAAUCUCUGAAGUACUUCGCAUUGGCCCAAACAGACGAUGGGUAUACACUUCACUGUGACACCACUGGUACUUCCUGUACCAUCCAGGGAUUGACUUGUGGGACAGUGUAUAACUUCAGUGCACAGGCCUCAGAUGGGACCUGUAACGGCUCGCUCAGUGUGCCAGUACAGCAUGGGGCAGUCCCAUGUCCUCCUGCCAACGUGAGGGUGAGGACCCAUCUGAUGGGCGACGCAACUCUACUCAUGACCUCGUGGAGUUCUGUGAGCUGUCCUGAUGUCAGUUACCUGGUGCAGGUGACUGGGCAUAUCCAGAACAACCCUCAGAUGCUCAUGGAAGUGUCAUCCUAUUGGACAGACCGCAACUUCUUUGAGCUUCCUGUGCCUUGUAGCACCUCUUACUAUGUGGAUGUCCUUGCACAAAAUUCAGCUGGGGCCAGCAGACCAUCUCAGGCCGUUAAUGGUACCACAGUUCCCUGUCCAAUGGAUGUCACUUUCACAGGCCAAACCCAAAAUCGCCGAAAAAGAGAUUUAAGAGGAGCAGGACUGACCCUUGAUGAGCUGUCUGUCCCUGAAGUGAGGUUGGUCUCCCGUGAGGGGGGCCAUGUCCUACACAAUGAUUUUGAGUGAGGACACUCCACCUCAAGUUAUGAAAGAGGUUCUGUACAUCUAUGAUCAGACUUCUGCAGUUCUACGUGACCUUAAACCUGACAUGCGCUACUGUGUCAUCCUGUCUGCCAAAAACUCCAACAACGACAGCGCCUAUUCCAAGCCUGUGUGUCACCACUGGGGUCUCCGGAUAAAGUCACGUCCUCCAGCAUAAACUGUACAGGAAUGUAGAUACAAAGCCAACAGUUACGGGUUCUGAUAUAGUGUCUUCCUCUCAUUUCUUUCGUCAUCAGUACUGGGAUUGGGUUAUUAAAGGCAACUGAGCAGAAUCAGCUCAUUUGACAAAAUUGAAAUUUGUUGAAAAAUAUAAUAAAAAAUGUUUGUGAUCAUCUGAACUGAUUAUGUUUGCUUAAAUGAUACUUCAUAAUGAACCCAAUCAUAACUGAACUAAUUAUUAAGAGUUUAAUAAUGGAACAUCUUAUAUGUAAUCAUUUCUAUUGAUUGAAAUGAAGAUUUUAUGAAAUUGUUAAAGAAAAUAAUUAAAAGUUUGUAGCAGAUGUGAUUUCUUGUAUGUGGUAACAUUAGAAACAUGAUGUAACUUUUUUAAAAUAAAGUUUUAUAUUUAUCAUAAAAAAGAAAAUACUUUUCUGUAAUCAGGUUAUGAUUGUUUCAAUUGUUUUAAUCAAUAAUGUUUGUAGUUAGAAGAAAUAAAUUGGUAAAUUAUCAAGCAUUAUUUUAAAUCUAUAUUUCAUGUCUGAUGUACUAUACAACAACACAAAUAGCUCUUUGAGCAAUUUGCAAUAAUAGUUUUAUGCCUAAAGCCAUAUGAAAGAAUACAAGUCUGAAUGAAAACUAUAAUAUGUGAUUCAAAUGAUGAGCCAAGCAAUGUACUAAUAACUUCUGUCUUGGACUUUACUUUUUCCUAGUAAUGGUUUUCUUCAUGAUUAAAUCAAUAAUCUAAAAACAAUCUUGCAUGCUGGACGUCCUAACAAAAAUAAAAAAACAACCCUCUUUCUCUCAACAGGUAGUCUGGCUUUUG